AUGGUGACCCUCAACCGCUUGAGUGUAGAAGACCCCCAGGAUAAAUUCCCACUGCUGCCCGAGGCUGUCGAGGAAGAGGUCAGGACACCUGCAGCAUACAAACAAGGAGAUACAGCAGAAAGAGACUUUUUCAUCAGCAGAACUGAGAAUGCUGUCAUCUGCUUGCUUCUUCUGGUUGGAUGCUACGCUGCUAUUUUGAUUCCAGCAUAUUUCCCUCUGCAUAAAUUCUCUCUUUCUGAUGAUCAAUAUCUCAACCACGAGGAUGUACUGAACCAUUCAGCUUCUCUGUUGUCUGGUCGGUGUCGCCGUCGCUGGUGCAUGGAGCGUCUGAAACAGCUUCCAUGUUCACCGGCCCUGACGGAUAUCCCCGUUUUCUUGCAACGAGAAGGGAAUGCCACAUUAUGGGAUGAGCCCCCUCCUCUGGGGCUCCAAGGGAGUCAAGAGCAUUUGGCUAGGGCACUUGCCUCUUUGCCCAAGCCCGACCUGCCUCGGUCUCUGCGUAGAGAAGGCCGCUGCACAAGAUGCGUGGUGGUGGGCAGUGGAGGCGUCCUCCAUGGGAGUCGUCUGGGAUCGCAUAUAGAUCAGUACGAUGUCAUCAUCAGGAUGAAUAACGCUCCAGUGCUCGGCUAUGAGACAGACACCGGUUCUCGCACCACCAUCCGGUUGAUGUACCCCGAGGGGGCCCCUAGCUCAGCCAACGAGUACAACGAGACCUCCAUCGUUGCCCUUGUGGUGUUUAAGAGUCUGGACCUGGACUGGCUCACGUCUAUCAUCACGAAACAACCUCUAGGAUUCUGGUCCAAAUUGUGGUUUUGGAAGGAUGUUGUGGAUGAUAUCCCUUUGAAGGCAGAUAACUUUCGAAUCCUCCAUCCAGAGAUUUUUCGCAGGACUGGAGAAGUCCUGCAGAAAUAUUCACACAAACAAAGAAAAUCAAUGGUGCCCACACUGGGGGCUGGUGUAGUGGUGAUGGCCCUGCAGCUCUGUGACCAUGUGAGCCUGGCAGGCUUCGGUUACAACAUGCAGCAUCCACAUGCUCCUCUUCACUAUUACGAGACCAUACACAUGGCCGCCAUGAAGGCUCAGGUGGUUCAUGAUGUCUCCUCUGAAAAGCUCUUUUUGAGGCAGCUGGUGGCAGCUGGUGCUGUCAGCGACCUCACGGGAGCUCUGUGA